UCAGCCGGAGAUAAGGGUGCUGCGCAGUGAUCUAACAGAGGGAGAUGUGGUGAAACUGUCCUGUGAUGUCAUCCACACCUGCCCCCCUUCCCCCCCUUCCGUCUCCUUCCGCAACCACAGGGGGGCGCUCAGUUGGAGCCACAAUAAAGAAGAGGCGGGGCGUUGGUGCAUGUCCGUGGAGACGUCCUGGAAAGUGAACUCGGCGGACCAUGGGAGGGGCGUGGUGUGUGAUGUCACACAUCCUGGGGGCCGGACAGCCAGCAGAAAGAUUGUGCUCCGUGUCACCUAUCCCCCGAAAUCUGUGAGUGUCCAUGGACCCCCAAACGCACUUCCACCUGGUGGAAGUGUGUCCCUGUCCUGCAGCAGUCAGGCCAACCCCCCAGCGACCUCCUUCCAGUGGUACUUUGUGGAUCAAGGCCAGCCCAAGCUAUUGGAGGCCACCUCUAAAGACAUAAAAGCUUCAAAUCUGCGCCGCGACCAGAACCUGUUCCGCUGCAAAGCCAGCAACAGCGUGGGGAGUGGCAGCUCGUCUGACUUUGAAGUCAUCAAAGAGUACCAGCCCAACAUAUCCGAGGCCUCGGGGUGCUCCUUCUAUGCUGGGGCUGUGAGCUGCUGGUGCGAGGCUACGGCCAGGCCCUCGGCCUCCCUGCAGUGGAGGGUGGACGGGGUGACCCAGGCGGCCAGCCCCGCCCAGCCCAGCACCACCAGCGUGCACACGGUGAGGGGAGAGUGGGCCGGCAAAGCCGCCACCGAGCAGGUGAGCGUCACCUGCGUCUCCAGCAACCGGCACGGCAAGGAGGAGCGCCUCCUCAGGGUGUAUGUGAAAGCGCCUCUCUCUAAUGUGAUGGUGACCCAGCACCCGUCCCGCCCCCGUGAGGGAGAGGGGGUGACCCUGUCCUGCACUGGACAGGGCUACCCACAGGCGUCGGGAUACCGCUGGUACCUGGGGCGGGACGGGCAGGAGAUCGGGCUGGAGGAGGAGUCCAGCGAGCUGUCGGUCCGUCCCGUGGCCAGAGACUCCGGACCCUAUCGAUGCACCGCCUGGAACCAGAUGGGCGAGUCCAGCUCCCCCGUCACGUCGGUCAACGUGGAGUAUGCCCCUCUUAUUCUCCGGAACUCCAGUUGCACCCUGGGUAACGGGCAGUGGAGGUGUGAGUGCAUUGUGGACUCCAGCCCCCCAGCGAAGGUCACCUGGUCCUCCGUGGGCUCCUCCACUAAUGAGAGCGGCAACACGUCGUCCACACUCAGUGGGCGGGUCCUAAGGUCUGUCCUCACUGGACCAAUGGGAGACGGGGGCCACCGUUUCUACUGCAAUGCCACCAAUGAGCACGGAGACGACUUCUACCUGCUACCUAUCACAGUGGAGCACUUUGGAAAGUGGGGAAUUGUCCUUGGAGCAAUCGGUGGAGCUGUGCUCAUAUGUCUUCUAUUGGGAGCAUUUUUAUAUUGUAAACGCACUAAAAGGCGCCCCAAACACGCAGACCUUUCCCUAAAAGAAGUGAAAUGUGCUGGAGAGGAGGAAGUGAAGAUUAAAACUGUGUACUCAAACGUGAGAGCAUGCACUCCCAGAGAGCAUCUAUGAGGUGGAGGACGCACCCAGGUAUCAGGAAAUGAAGAGACAACCUUCAUAUGAUGACGAUGUGUACCAAAAUUACUGAGAUCUGCAGGACAAUCACAGCUGUCGGUCAUCUGCUUCCAGAUCAAAAGCGCUUCAGUGUACUCAGCAUUCAUAUUUUACGGUAUUCUCUGAAGUAAUCAGUGGACACUCAUUUCAUGCGUUUAUGACCUUAGUUCCAAUGGGUGCCAUUUUGGUUUCAGACACCAGAUGCCAAAGGUACAUGCCCCCCCCCCCCCCGCCUGUUCAUUUAAUCUGUUUAUUCCGCCCCCCAGGCCCCAUCAGAGCGGUCCUCCACACUCCCCUAUGAGGUGUCUCCCCCAGCUGUACGAAUGGCCACCACCGUCUAAGUGCAGCACUCUUAUGUACAGACCCCUCACCUGUCCAGUACUGUGUAUAUGUUACAUUGUGUUGUCUUUUAUAUUAUUUUUGAACUUCAUUUUCCUCUUUUUUUUCAAAAUUUUCUGUAAUGUUUUUUUUUCUUUCUUUCUGAUAUGCAGUAUUUUAAUUUUUUUUUUGCAGUACCGUCAUUUUAUAUAUGUAAAAUUGAUUCCAAAGGGCUUGAUACAUUUAAUAUCUGUAAUGUCAAGAUAAAUAAAUAUUCAGUACUGGUUGAAGCCCAUAACUACUGGAUGUAACUCUGUUAUAAAAGGACAAGACCUGCGAUGUGUCUGUUUAUAAAAUGGCUCCCACUGAAUUCAGGUAAUUUAUUUAUAAAUUUAAUUGCAAUAAAUUUACUCACAAUGCUAUUGUGAACAACUUAAGAGAUGUAAUUCUUUUGUAGAUAUUGUAUGUUAAUUUAAAUGAAUGUCCAAGAAUAAAAUCAUGUAUGUAUUGGA